UUUCUCAUUUCCCUGUCUUCUCUUCUCCCACAAAGCCAAAACCCCUUCACUUCCUCCUUAACACAACAACAACAAUGUCUCUUAUCAACUCAUAGAAAGUUUCUUCCUUUCACUUUUCCCUUCACUUUUCAAACACACCCCUUAAAUUUCACUACACCCCCCUUUAACUCAAAAACCAAACAAAAUGAUAAGUGCUUUAGACUUAUACCAUGUCCUUACAGCAGUAGUACCACUCUAUGUAGCUAUGAUCCUUGCUUAUGGUUCAGUAAAAUGGUGGAAAAUCUUCACACCAGAUCAAUGUUCUGGUAUAAACCGUUUUGUAGCACUUUUUGCAGUUCCACUUCUCUCAUUUCACUUCAUUUCAACCAACAAUCCAUACACUAUGAACUACAAAUUCAUAGCAGCUGAUUCACUUCAAAAAUCAAUCAUCUUAAUACUCCUUUUCAUUUGGUCAAGAGCAAGCUCAAGAGGUUCAUUAGAAUGGUCUAUAACACUUUUCUCACUUUCAACACUUCCAAACACACUUGUUAUGGGUAUACCUUUGUUAAAAGGAAUGUAUGGUGAUGAUUCUGGUACUCUUAUGGUUCAAAUCGUUGUUCUUCAAUGUAUCAUUUGGUAUACAUUGAUGUUGUUUUUGUUUGAGUAUAGAGGUGCAAGGAUUCUGAUAGGUGAACAGUUUCCUGAUACUGCUGGUUCUAUAAUCUCUUUCAAAGUUGAUUCUGAUGUUCUUUCUUUGGAUGGUAAAGAGCCUCUUCAAACUGAAGCUGAAGUUGGUGAAGAUGGUAAACUUCAUGUGAAAGUUAGAAAAUCAACAAGUUCAAGAAGUGAGAUUUUUUCUAGACCUUCUCAUGGUGGUGUUUCUUUAACACCAAGACCUUCAAAUUUAACAAAUGCUGAGAUUUAUUCACUUCAAUCUUCAAGAAAUCCUACACCAAGAGGGUCUAGUUUUAAUCAUUCAGAUUUUUACUCUAUGGUUAAUGGAAGAAAUGUUAGUCCAAGACAAUCUAAUUUUGGAAGUUUAGGUUUUGAUGAAGAAAGUGGGGUUGGUAAAGUUAAUGGAGGUGCAAAUAGUGGAAAUGGGUACCCUACACCUCAUAAUGCUGGGAUUUUUUCACCUGUGGCUAAUAAGAAAAAGGGUCAUGGUGGUGGUGAUGGAAAAGAUCUUCAUAUGUUUGUUUGGAGUUCAAGUGCUUCACCUGUUUCUGAAGGUGGAAUUCAUGUCUUUAGAGGUGGUGGUGAUUAUGGAAAUGAUCAACUUAAUGGAGUAGCUCACCAAAAAGAUUAUGAAGAAUUUGGUCAUGAUGAAUUUAGCUUCGGAAACAGAACUGUUGCCAAUGGUGUGGAAAAAGAAGGACCAGUGCUUUCAAAGCUUGGUUCAAGUUCAACUACUGAGCUUCAUCCUAAAGCUAGUUCUCAAGGUGAAUCUAAGCCAACAAACAUGCCACCAGCUAGUGUUAUGACAAGGCUAAUCUUGAUUAUGGUUUGGAGAAAAUUGAUUAGGAAUCCUAAUACUUAUUCUAGUCUUAUUGGUCUCAUUUGGUCUUUGGUCUGUUUCAGGUGGAAUGUUGUUAUGCCUGCUAUUGUUGCUAAAUCAAUUGCAAUUUUAUCUGAUGCUGGCCUUGGAAUGGCUAUGUUUAGUCUUGGCUUGUUCAUGGCAUUGCAACCGAGGAUUAUUGCGUGUGGAAACACGGUUGCUUCAUUUGCUAUGGCGGUUCGUUUCCUUGUCGGCCCUGUGGUGAUGGCUGCUUCGUCGCUUAUUGUAGGACUCAGGGGAGUUCUGUUGCACAUUGCUAUUGUACAGGCUGCACUUCCCCAAGGAAUUGUUCCCUUUGUGUUUGCCAAGGAAUACAGUGUUCAUCCUGACAUUCUUAGCACUGGGGUUAUAUUUGGAAUGUUAAUUGCUCUUCCUAUAACAUUGGUUUACUACAUUUUGUUGGGACUUUGAGGACUUGAAGACUAAUUUCAGUGGAUUAGGCUCUUAUCAUAACUAGAGGACUUUAGUGUUUGUUUUUUUGGGCCAUUAUCUAACAAUGUAGAAAUUUGCAAUUAGUUAGGUACUCUACUAGUAGAAGAAAGAAAAAAGUUGUAAUGGUUUUUUAAAGCCUUUUUUACAAUGAAACCCACUUUUGCAUAUUUUGCUUGGAUUAAAUGAAAAAGAAGAAAGUGAAGGUUGUGAACA